AUGGCGAUGGACGACGUCGCGGGCUCCUCCUCGAUGGCGGCGGCCGCCUCCGACCCCUCGCACGGCUGGCAGACGGUUUCCUACCCCAAGCGCAACCGCAAGCAGGCGCAGCAGGCGCCCCGCGCCACGGCGCCCGAUCUGGCGUUGCAGGCCAACGGCAAGGCCGCCGCCGGCGUCUUCGACGCCGUCGAGAGGCGCUCCCAGGAGCGCCACCGCGCGCUGCAGCAGCAGCUCGCCUCCAGGGUGGCCGACCUCGACGACGCGCGGAUCGCCGCGGCCACGGGCGCCGCCUACUCCGACGACGAGGACUCCGACGAGGCCGCCGCCCCGCGCCAGGAGGGGGAGGUGAAGAAGCCUAAGAAGCCCAAGGUGAAGAAGCCUAAGGUGACGGUCGCCGAGGCCGCCGCCCUGAUCGACGCCGAGAACCUCGCAGCGCACCUAGUCGAGAUCUCGGCAUCGUACGAGAAUCAACAGGACAUUCAACUCAUGAGGUUUGCUGAUUACUUUGGCCGGGCAUUUGUAGCUGUAAGCGCAUCCCAAUUUCCAUGGGCAAAGAUGUUCAAGGAAUCAACAGUGUCCAAGAUGGUUGACAUCCCAUUGUGCCAUAUUCCUGAGGCUGUCAUCAAGACUGCGAGUGAUUGGAUCAGUCAAAGAUCUUCUGAUGCCCUGGGUGACUUUGUUUUGUGGUGUAUAGACAGCAUCAUGUCUGAAUUGUCAGGCCCAUCAGCAGGACCUAAGGGUUCAAAGAAGGUUGCCCAACAGUCUCCAAGGGCCCAGGUUGCAAUCUUUGUUGUUCUUGCCAUGGCUUUAAGAAGAAAGCCUGAUGUUCUGGUAAAUGUUAUGCCAAAGAUAAUGGGAAACAAUAAGUAUCUUGGACAGGAAAAGCUUCCCAUCAUUGUCUGGGUUAUUGCUCAGGCAUCUCAAGGUGACCUAGUGACUGGCAUGUUUUGCUGGGCUCAUUCUCUAUUUCCCACAUUAUGUGCGAAGUCAAGUGGGAAUCCCCUGGCAAGAGAUUUGGUUUUGCAGUUGCUUGAAAGAAUUUUGUCUGUCAUCAAAGCUCGUUCUAUCUUAUUGAAUGGUGCUGUUAGAAGGGGGGAACGCCUAGUUCCCCCUGUUUCAUUUGACUUGUUCAUGAGAGCCACAUUUCCUGUUUCUAAUGCUCGGGUGAAGGCUACAGAAAGGUUUGAAGCAGCCUACCCAACAAUCAAGGAGUUGGCUCUUGCUGGUCCUCCUGGCUCUAAAACUGUGAAACAAGCAUCACAACAGCUUUUACCUUUGUGUGCAAAAGCAAUGCAAGAAAACAAUGCAGAGCUCACCAGGGAGGCUAUUGAUGUAUUCAUUUGGUGCUUGACUCAAAAUGCAGAGUCCUACAAGCAAUGGGAAAGAAUUUAUCCUGAAAAUAUUGAAGCCAGUGUUGCUGUCCUGAGAAAAAUUGUGAUUGAUUGGAAGGAUGUGUCUCCUAAGCUCAGUUCUGAAGCUCUCAAGGCAACAGUGAAGACCUUCAAGGCUAAGAAUGAGGCAGCGCUGGAGUCAGCAACAGAUGCUGGAAAGCAGGUAUCUAUCAAAGAAGCAGACAAGCAUUGCAAGGUGAUCCUUGGAAAGCUGACUCGUGGUGCCACCUGCCUGAAGAGCAGCCUGGUGGUCAUCGGGCUCGCUGUUGCUGUUGGUUUCGUGCUAGCUCCUGACAUGGACCUCCCGUUCGAGUGGGAGAAGAUGUCAGGGAUUGUCUAUGAUCCGGCAUAUCUUGGUGAUGACGAGGCUCGCAGAGCAGUGCCGAGUGGUGCCGCGGUACAAACUACUACAAAGGGGAGUCCACCUGCGCCCGACUCGAAUGGCAGCUCGUCCCCUCUCCCACCUGUGCUCCCCCGCGUCUGCUUCCCUUGCCACCGAGACAUGGCGCCCUGCGCGUCUCCGUCCGCUCUCGCGCUCUCCGCCAGCACGCGGGUCAGCAGCCACCCGCUAACGCUGGCGCUGCGGCCGCGGCCGGAGGCGCGUGUGCCGCGCGCGCCCGGCUCCCAGCUCCGCCCGUCCACCGCGUGCUCUUGGCCGCGCCCCUUGCUGCCCGAGCUCGCGGCGGCCGGCGCCCGCGGCACCAGCGGCAGGGCGCAGCCGCUGUUCCGGCCUCGCGCAUUGAUGACGACGUCUCAGAUUGCCAGCUGUGCCUUCACCCUGGGCACGGUCGCCGUCCUCCCCUUCUACACCCUCAUGGUCGUCGCCCCCAACGCCGACAUCACCAAGCGCACCGUGGAGAGCAGCGCUCCCUAUGUCGCCCUAGGCCUCCUCUACGCCUACCUGCUCUACCUGUCUUGGACCCCCGACAUCCUGCGCGCCAUGUUUGCUAGCAAGUACUGGCUCCCUGAGUUGCCGGGCAUCGUCAGGAUGUUCGCGAGCGAGAUAACUGUCGCCUCUGCGUGGAUCCACCUCCUAGCAGUCGACCUCUUCGCGGCAAGGCAGGUGUACCACGACGGCCUCAAGAACAACAUCGAGACCAGGCAUUCGGUCUCGCUGUGCCUGUUCUUCUGCCCGGUUGGGAUCCUGGCUCAUGUGGUGACUAAGGUAUUGGCAGGGCCAGUUGGGCGCUCACAUUGA